CUCUCUCUCUCUCUCUCUCUCUCUCUCCUUCCCUCCUUCCUUGAUCCCUAACCUAAUUGGCUACUGAUCUUGAAUAAUGAAUAGCUCUCCUUCCUGACCAGAUUUCACCUCUAAAUCUAAGUGGGCUUUUCUUUCAUUUGAUCGUUGUGUAUCAUAGAUCAGUUUUGAGUGAUAGAUUGUUGCCAAGGUUUCUGAUUCAGGAGUCUCUGCUAACUUUGGAGGAAAGAAGGAUCAAGCAGAGGAGGAGGAGAAGAAUAUAAAGAAAGGAGAGAGAAUUUUGAUUUAGAGGUGAAGAUGACUCCAGCAAAUCUCGCAGGUCAGCUUGGGGAUACCACUUACACUAAAGUGUUUGUUGGGGGACUUGCUUGGGAAACCCAGAAGGAGACCAUGAAGAAAUACUUUGAACAGUUUGGAGAGAUUUUGGAAGCUGUAGUGAUUACAGAUAAGAACACAGGAAGGUCCAAAGGCUAUGGAUUUGUAACUUUUAGAGAACCAGAAGCUGCCAUGAGAGCCUGUGUUGAUGCUGCUCCUGUGAUUGAUGGGAGAAGGGCUAACUGCAAUCUUGCUUCCUUGGGUGUUCAGAGAUCCAGACCCUCUACACCAAAACAUGGAGGAGGCAGGAACUUUAGGGUAAUGAACUCUUUUCACACAGGCCUUCAAGGUGGGGUGGGAGCAGCUUUUCCUUCUACAGCAACCUUCCCUCAUUAUGCCAUCCAACAAGGCAUUCCCUAUAAUGUGUAUGGGUACUCUCCUUACUCACCAGAUUAUACCUAUCCAACGAGCUAUUACGGUGUUUAUGGAGGAGGUGCAGCGACCCAGUACCCAAUGUACGGUGCAGGAGCCGGAGGACUGCUCACAGGCGCCGCCUCCGCUGCUGCUUUCUACCCAUACCUCCAGUUCGGGCAGGGCAAUGGUGGAGCGGCCGCCCCAGCCGCCGCCUACACAGGCGGCCAUGGAUAUGGUGUCCAGUACCCACACCACUUGUUCCAGUACUCCCCGAUCACCUCAACCGGGUUCCCUCAUCACUACGGUGGUCCCAUGUCUCUUGCUCCCACUCCACCUUCCCAAGCAGUGUGUUUUACUCCACAACAGGCGUGACAAUGGCUCUGACGGCUCCAACUACAGUUCAGCCUUACAGACUCGUUCCUACCCACUUCACUCCAACAGCAUCUGAACAACCUUCGGCUUAACCAUGGUUUUGAGGCUCUUUCUCUCUCUUCUUUCUCUUUCCUUCAUUCCUCUCUUUCUCUCUCCACCCCCACAUCUUUUUCUCUCUAAUGCAAGUCCAUUGGUAUGGAUCCUUGGGUUUGUCAGAAAAAUUAGCCCCACAUCAGGGCUAAAACCCACCUUGGAGGAGAGCCCUCCAACAUCCCUAGUGCAUGUCAUGUGAAAAAGAGUUAAUUUUGCAUUUUGCUCAAGAUGGGCCAUGUGAAAAAGCCCUUAAGUCUGUGUGGUUCCCUAAAAGAACCUAAAAGAGAAUGUGAGCAAACCCACUUCACCAACUCUAGCUAUUUGGGAAGCUAAGUUGGAGACAAAGAAGAGACAUUCCUUCUAACCUAAUUAGCCCUGGAAAGGCUAAGCAAUGUUCUUACUUAGGCUUUGUAGAGAUGUAAAUUCAUCAACUAAAAGGACAACUGGACAAGUAUCCUUACCAUAAAAAACUUCAGCUUAAGCACUCUUUAAGGGGUAUGGAAUGCCCUAGAGUACUUUUGCAUUGCCAUUGACAUCAACCCUAGAGACUUAGGUGUCUUUGUUCAUGGGUUUUCUUUUCUUUUUUUUUUUUUUGGGAAAAUUGACCAAAACUUGAGUUGACUACUCAUGUUUUUUUCAAAUGAUUUUCCAACUUCACAUUUAACUCUCAUAUAGUCAUUGUGUAACCAACCCAACUACACAUCUUCCCUGAGGGAAAGGGAAGAGACUUUCACUAACUCUAUUGCAUUAUUGUGUCCUGUACAUUUGUGGUGGUGGCUGAACUCAUGGGAGCUUUAGCCAGAUCUAACUAGGUUUAGUGGAGGGCUUAAUGCUUGUUUUUGGCAUUCACCUCCUGUCAUUGACACAGACCUUUGAAGAACUCCAUUGAUGGCUUUGGAGUAGUUCAAACUAACUUGUAGGACUUCCUCCUCUCCUUGCUUUCUCUCUCUCUCUCUCUCUCUCUCUCUCUCUCUCUCUCUCUCUCUCUCUCUCUUUUUCUCUCUCACUAGUCUCUAAUGAUGCAAUCAAGACCAUGGAGACAACCCUAGGGGAAUAUUUUGGGUCUCUUGGGUUCAUCUCCUCUAAAACCUCCAGCCAUGGUUAGGAACAAGGUCAUCAUCAUCAUGUUUUAGGUAUCUCUCUCUUUCAUAUUGAGCCAUUUUGAAGAAUGAUACUCUUUAUAUAUAUGUAAUCGCAGUAAGAUUUGGACUGUAAUAAGUAGGCAUAGUACCUUACAACAUGACUUGUUCUUCUUUGAUGCCAUCUUAGGGUAGGAAUUCAGUUAGAUGUGAUCUAGAGACUGUUUUGCAUAUCUAUGCUGAUACUUUAUUUUAAGUAUAUGGUCAACUUACUACAUCAUCCA